GUGAAGAUUAUAGCUCAUCAGGUGAACUUGAUGCUCAUUUCCGAUAUAGCCUUUGAGGGUGAAGUCUAUCGGUUCAAACGACAGUCACCAGUCAUUAAACCACGUGAUUUCCUCUUUAUAUUGGACACGAGUGGUAGCAUAUCCGGUGAUACUUAUUCCAUGGCGAAAGACAACAUCGCCAAGCUUAUCGGUAAGAUCUGCGGAACGAUUGGCCCCGGGCCCGCCGACAACAGGGCAGCUGUGAUAACCUACUCUACCAACCCCGUGAUAAACUUUGACUUUAAGGAAUACCUCGACUUGGCUGACCUACAGGCGGCUGUCGGCGAUUUACCCAAGGUGUCCAGUACCACUUGCACAGGAAGGGCUCUGAACCUAGGACAGCAGAUAUUCAACUUAAAAAGAGGCCUUCGUGAGAAAGGAAUAUCUAAGAAAGAGGUGGUGCUGCUAACUGACGGGAAAACAAACUGCGGUCCGAAUGCGGUUGAGGCCGCCUUUGAUCUGAAAAGAAGCAGAUACAACCCGCUGCUGUUUGUAUUCGCCAUAGGGCAGUACAACGACGACGACAAGCGGGAGAUGGAAAUGAUGGCUUCUCCACCUACGUCUUACCAUAUCUUCCAUUUGAAUAACUUCACGGAGUUUCAACAGCUUGUAAAUUUCAUAUAUGCUAUCCCACUCCCUUGUGCCCCCAUCGAGAUCAGAUCAUUUUCAUCACCGCCUGUUUAACACGCAGAAGAGUAUUUUCUGCGCUUUGUUGCCUUCCAUUAAUACUUCUAAAGCUUAGUUAAAGAGAUCUGGAUCUGUAGUAAAAACUAAAGUGCGUUGCGUCAGUAUUUAAAAUUAGUGACACGAGUGCUUCAUAAAUAUUUUUCGUAACUUACAUAUGAGGAAAAUAAACAUGAACAUGGCCCUAUUUUCCAUUAUGACCUAUAAAUAAUAGAUAAACCAACAAACACAUAUUUUGUAAUUGUAAAUUUUUACAGGAUUUUACCUGGGAAAAUAACCCAGGUAGAC